AAAAAAUAAAUCCAUGAGCCAUUAUCCGUGCAAGACCAGCACGCGCGCGCUCACAGCGCCAUGGGUUGGCGUCUGGUCGGUUGGCCAAUGUCCAUGCAUGAUGAGCGUCCAUGUCGUUCCGUCCCGGCGUCGCAUUCGCCUCGCCGUAAAGGUCACGGCUCCGUCCCUACCAACAGCGACACCGACGCCCGACGCCGACGACCCCCCACCCUCCGUCUCGCCUCGCCCCACUCCGCCCCGUGCCCCGUGCCCGUGCCCAUGCGCGCGCGCGUGAGCCACACCUAAAAGCCCAUCCACCCCAUGGUCGCCGCGGCGGAUGCAUACGCUGGCCAUGGCCGCGCGCCGCCUCCUCCUCAGCGCCCUCGACGUCCGCGCCUCUCACUCGCCGAGGCCUCCGCCGCCGCCGCCUUCCCCGGCCCAGCAGGGCGCGUCCUUCCCCAUGCUGCUCCCGGUCUUCCUCCUAUUCCUCCUCCUCCUCUGCUUCCUAUCCGUCUUCCUGCUCCGCGACCUCCUCCGCUUCUUCUCCCUCUGGCUCCGCCGCCGCCGCCGCCGCCGCCUCCAGUCCAGCGACGAAACGGGCGAAGAGGACGGGCCCGGGCCCGCGUCGCGCAAGCCGGCGGGCCUGGAUCCCGCCGUCAUUGCCUCGUUCCCGACGGUGCGGUUCGAGGCCGGCGCCGCCGGCUCUGCGGCGCCGGCGGAGUGCGCGGUCUGCCUGUCCGAGUUCGCGCCCGGCGACGCCGUCCGGCCGCUCACCGUCUGCCGCCACGCCUUCCACGCCGCGUGCAUCGACUCGUGGCUCGGCGCGCACACCACGUGCCCGGUCUGCCGCACCGACCUGGACGCGCCGCCAGACGAGGGGAUCACCGACGAACGCGGAGACCGUGGCCGGGCUGCAGCGGUGGUCCACGAGGCCGCUGGACACCUUACAGCGUCAUCUCCGGCGAGCGACCACCGGUAACCUACGGUCGCCGGCCACGCAACACUGAGUGGCGAUCCGGUGUGUCGAGUUCUCCAAAUUUUGUUGAAUCUUUUCUGGUUGGUAGGAAUUGGUAGCGUAGGUUUCAUUCAUGCAUAGGACGUGUGUAUAUACCGAAUUAUUUCCAAAUACAUGUAACCGUGUACAUUUUCCACUUACCACCUGUGAUUACAUUGUUUAAUGCAACUAUUUAGAAGAUGAACAAGAGACUGAACUGCUGGUAGCAGGUAGCAAGUCUCUUCUAAAACUAGGACAUGUGUAAUUUUACACUAUCAAAGAUACUGAUGAGGUUCCUUCAGCA